AUGAGCGCCGCCAAGGGGUUAUUAUUCCAACCCCUCCGCCUCCUCCGGAGCUCCCACUCCUCCCCGCUCACCCAAUGCCUCCGAGUCCCUAAACCCUCCCCCGGCCGCGGCCCCAACUUCUCAACCACCCCACGCUCCCGCCGCGACCCCGUCGAAGAGCGCGACUUCAUCUCCCUGGUCGACCAACCCCCGCAACUCGUCCGCUCCGGCCGCAAGCACGGCGUCGGCAUCCUCUUCCUCGCCCUCAUCCCCGUCACAGCCUUCGCCCUCGGAACGUGGCAGGUCAAGCGUCUAGAAUGGAAGACGGAACUCCUCGCGAAGCUCGAGGACCGUCUCACGCGUGAUCCUCUACCGUUACCGCCGCAUAUCGACCCUUCUGUUGUCUCGGAGUUUGACUACAGGCGAAUCCUUGCGACGGGGCGGUUCCGCCAUGAUCGGGAGAUGCUUAUUGGGCCGAGGAUGAGGGAUGGGGAGCAAGGCUACGAGGUUAUUACGCCGCUGGAACGUCAGGGCGAUGGGACCACGAUUCUUGUUAAUAGGGGCUGGAUUGCGAAAAGGUUUGCCGAUCAGAAGACGAGACCUGAGUCUCUUGUCCGUGACGAGGUGACCGUCGAGGGCCUGCUGAGAGAGCCGUGGAAGAAGAACAUGUUCACUCCCAACAAUCGGCCAGAUAAGUGGGAGUUUUACUUCCCGGAUGUCAAGCAAAUGGCCGCGCUGGUAAACAGCCAGCCCAUCUGGGUGGAAGCGACACUAGUCCCCGAAUACCUCCUCCUAGCCGACUACCAGGCCCGUGGUAUACCAAUCGGGCGGCCGCCUGUCGUGAACAUCAGAAAUAACCAUGCCCAAUAUAUCUUUACCUGGUAUGGACUCUGCCUCGCGACAUCAAUUAUGUUAUACAUGGUGGCGAAGAAACCCUCCUCCGAAAUAGCAAAGCGAGUGCGCAUGAGUAAGAACUGGUGA